AUGAAAUUGAUAGUUCUUGCUGUCACUGUUGGCCUAACUUUGCUGCUAGGAGUCCAAGCCAUGCCUGCAAAUCGCCUUUCUUGCUACAGAAAGAUACUCAAAGAUCGCAACUGUCACAACCUUCCAGAGGGAGUAGCUGACCUGACAAAGAUGGAUGUAAAUGUCCAGGAUCAUUUCUGGGAUGGGAAGGGAUGUGAGAUGAUCUGUUACUGCAACUUCAGCGAAUUGCUCUGCUGCCCAAAAGAUAUCUUCUUUGGACCAAAGAUCUCUUUUGUGAUUCCUUGCAACAAUCACUGA